UUUUCCUUUUUAGCUCGGAGGAUUUACAAUUCGGGUAUCUGCAGCUAAAGCUAUUUUAAUUAAAUUAUUUCAUUUUUUUAUGGCUAGUUAACACAAAAUUAUUGGUAAUUUAUAUGUGAAAACAAAUAUUUAAAGAAAAGUAUGGAAGUUGGUAAAAAUAUUUCAUAAACGCUAGGGCGUGUUUGUUUGGGAGCAAAUUAAAAGGAAAAAUGCAGAAAAUGGCACAGGGGUGGUUUUCUAGUAGUGGGACUAGUGGUGAAGAUCAGCAGCAGAAACCUCAAUCGUCAUCGUCUCUACUUGCGGAUUGGAAUUCAUACGCAGCAUCUCAAGAUGCCGAUGAGAGCUCUGGAUUGGGAAUUGGGUUCGAUCUUGAAGCCGUUGUUCGCUCCGCAAACGACUCCGUUUCUGGUACCUUCAAUGUGGUCUCUAAAGGAGUCAGGGAUAUACCUGGAAGUUUCCAGUCUGCUACCAGUAAUAUUCCUUCAGGAAAAGCUCUUAUGUAUUUUGGUUUAUUUCUGGCAACUGGAGUGUUCUUUGUCUUCAUUGCAUUUGCCUUGUUCCUACCAGUCAUAGUGCUGAUGCCCCAGAAAUUUGCAAUUUGUUUUACACUUGGAUGUGUCUUUAUUAUUGCAUCAUUUGUGGCACUCAAGGGUCCCAAGAAUCAAUUUGCUCACAUGACCUCAAAAGAGAGACUUCCUUUUACGUUGGGAUUCAUAGGCAGUAUGGCGGGUACUAUAUAUGUCUCCAUGGUGCUUCAUAGCUACAUUCUUUCUGUGCUAUUCUCUGUAAUACAGGUUCUUGCCCUUGCAUAUUAUGUCAUUUCCUACUUCCCUGGUGGGUCUGCUGGGAUGAAAUUUCUGUCGUCGUCCCUUAUCUCAUCGGUUACAAGAUGUUUUGGGGGGUGAUGGUGUCUUCAGGUUAUGGCUGCCUUGUAAUUUUUAUCUCGCUCCCUCUCCCCAUAUAUUUUGUGUUAAAUUGAAUUUGUAUUAAAAAUAAAGCUGGUUGAUACUAGAAUAUAUAAUCAUUAAACUCUUAUUCCGAAUUAA